GCGCAGCGCCUCUUGUGUUGUGAAUUAUGUGCAUGUGCUAGGCAGCUCAGCGAAAAUGAGGCUGUCUCUGCACAUAGCCGUGGUGCUGCUGGCGGUCUACCAGACCUGCCAUGCCGAGCGCUCCACUCGGGACAUCUCCAGUUACCCGAGCCAAAACUACGCCAUAUUGGGGUCCCCAAUCAAUGCGCCACUUAACGAAGAUGGGUACUUCUACCCUAAGCCGAAGAUACCUUUCCCUCCUCCGCCGCCACCUCAACCGCCAGUAAUAAGGGUACCCCCACCUCCACCGCCGCCGCCGCAGCCGCCGGUCAUAAGGGUCCCCCCACCACCUCCACCACCGCAACCACCGGUCAUAAGGGUACCACCUCCACCAAGGCCGCCCCCACCGCCAACGCUGCCUCCGAGGACGGAAGGUUACGUGUAUAACACGCCACGUAUACCAUUCCCUCCGCCGACGAGACCGCCGCCGCCACCGCCACCACCGACUAGACCACCCCCACCCCCUCCAACUAGGCCUCCUCCCCCUCCAACUAGACCUCCUCCCCCACCUACCCUGCCGCCCCCAAGAACAACUGGUUACGUGUACGAGACCCCACGUAUCCCGUUCCCUCCGCCGACAAGGCCGCCGCCACCGCCGCCGCCUCCCACUAGACCUCCUCCACCACCAACUAGGCCUCCCCCACCUCCUCCACCACCACCUACCCAGGGAUACAGCUACUCUACACCUAGGAUACCUUUCCCUCCUCCGACUAGACCGCCCCCACCGCCUCCUCCACCAACAAGGCCACCUACCACAUACCUUCCGCCCCCUACGACCAGGAGGCCUCCUCCCCCUCCCCCUCCACCGCCAACCAGGCCACCAACCCUAAGAACUACCGGAUAUGAAUAUCCGACACCGAGGGUCCCAUUCACUCUUCCACCUCCGACGCGUCCCCCACCCCCUCCACCCCCGCCUACUACUAGACGUCCACCCCCACCUCCACCCCCGCCACCUACAAGACCUCCUACACGGCCGCCACCUCCCCCAACCCCCCCAACGUUCAGGACAACUGGGUAUUCGUACCCAACACCUAGAGUGCCAUUCACUCUUCCACCCCCAACCACUACAAGACGUCCCCCACCCCCACCUCCACCACCAACAUACUUGCCUCCUUUAACUACGAGAAGACCACCACCGCCACCCCCACCCCCGACAACGAGGAGACCACCACCUCCUCCUCCUCCACCCCCGACCAGACCACCAACCUUCAAAACCCCGGCCACAUAUUUGCCCCCUCCCCCGCCAACUAGGCCACCACCCCCACCGACAACUAGACGCCCACCGCCUCCUCCGCCUCCACCGCCAACCAGACCCCCAACAGUAAGGACUCCAGCUACUUAUCUCCCCCCUCCUCCCCCAACUAGGCCCCCACCACCACCGACUACCAGAAGGCCACCACCACCGCCUCCUCCACCCCCAACUAGGCCCCCAACAGUAAGAACACCAGCUACUUACUUACCACCUCCACCGCCAACUCGUCCUCCUCCACCACCAACUACGAGACGUCCACCACCGCCUCCUCCACCACCACCAACCAGGCCACCAACUUUUAAGACUCCUGCCACGUACCUGCCCCCUCCUCCCCCGACUAGGCCACCACCGCCACCGCCCACUAGACGGCCACCGCCUCCCCCUCCACCACCACCAACCAGGCCACCAACAAUAAGGACUCCCGCUACUUAUCUUCCACCUCCUCCACCAACUAGGCCCCCACCACCACCCACUACGAGACGUCCCCCGCCUCCUCCUCCUCCGCCACCGACUAGACCCGCCACCUACCUGCCACCACCACCACCAACGACGAGGAGACCCCCUCCCCCACCUCCACCACCACCAACUAGACCACCAACUUUCAAGACUCCGGCCACUUACCUGCCACCCCCACCCCCCACUAGGCCUCCACCGCCGCCACCACCACCCCCAACUCGUCCGCCACCCCCGCCAACCACACGUCCACCCCCGACCUACCUUCCUCCACCCACAACAAGGAGACCACCACCUCCUCCUCCACCGCCACCAACGCGUCCCCCGACCCGUCCCCCUCCCCCACCUCCAACAGGAUACUCUUACCCUGUACCUAAGAUUCCAUUCCCUCCCCCGACACAACCCCCAGUAUAUAUCCCGCCGACGACGAGACGCACUCCUCCACCUCCCCCAGUCACCCGGCCCCCUCCCCCGGUGACAUACGUCUACACGACUCCCUCCAGACCUUUCCCCCCGAUCCCAUCGUAUGUCCCGCCGACUACCCGUCCCCCAGUAUACAUCCCCCCUCCCACCACGCGGCCCCCCUUCGUCCCCGACCAGGGAUACUACUACGACCGCCCGAGCGUACCCUUCGUCUUCUAGCGUAAUAAAGUACAAUUUUCUUACUAAGUUGCCAUAAUUGUGAUACCAAAAUGUACUUGUGAAAGUACAAGAGUCGCAAGCGUUUUGUUUGUUAUUAAGUUUGUUUUUUUUUAACGAUACGAAUUUUUACGUAGGCAAUGUAUGAAGUUACCACGAAUCUAGUGAAAAAUAUAUGUAUUUUUAUUUAGUCAUAAAUAAUAAUUGUAAUACUCAUACAAUCGAAAUGUGAAAACAACACUGCCUUUAACUAAUUUUAUGUUUUAAGAUUGUAAAAACAUUUUAAAUAAAAAAUUAAAAAUA